CACAAGUUUACGUCCAUCGACAUUGAUGCAAAGCAAAUCUAUGUGCGUAAUACGCACCCCCGCCGUUUCAAACACUUCCCAAACUUCAGAAAAAAAUAUCUGACUUUUCUUCCUAUCUGCUUAAAGGGUUUAACUUGUUCCAAAUUUAGCCAAAACAACAACCAAAAAAAAAAAAAAAUCCCACUUUUUUCUUGUUCUUCUCUUCUUUUCACUCUCUUUUUCACUUGCUUCUGCUUUAUUCUUUAGAUCCUCUCUUAAUUUCCAAAAUAUUAUAAAAAAUCCUUUUUGGGUUUUUUUUUCAUCUAAUUUAGAACCCUAAUAGACUGUUGUUUUUCUUUUUUUGAAGCUUAUAAGAUACAAAUUUUACAGUUUUCAAUGAAGUUUUUAAAACUUUCAAGAUAAACUGAAUUGUUGAAGCCUGAAUAAUCAAUCCACUGCCUUUUUUUUUUUUCUUUUAGGCUUCAACCUUGAAAUUUCAACUAUAGUAAAGCUGAUUUGGUAAAAAAGAUUUUAGUUUGAACGUUUUAAUCUUGUGGCUGAUUUGAAAUUUGAUUUUCCUAUGAAUCUUUGAAUUUUCCAUUGAAUAGUUGAAAAUCUGAAUACCCUAAAAGGCCAGCAUAUCUUUAAGCUUUGAACUUAAAAUAUUUCACUCUUUUUUCUUAAAAGGAAAUUGAUUUUGAACUUCUUAAGCUUCUGGGUCAGUUUCUAAUCUAUUAAUUAGCCCUCAAAGAACCCAACUUUAGUUUUCUUAUGACUUUUUAGAUUGGCUAGUUCAAUGUCUGUAGAAAGGUCAUUUGAAGCCUGGGAAGAGGUCCAACGCCAUGGCCAGGACCUUGCCGAUCGGCUAGCUCAAGGUUUCACUGGUUUAAUCCAAUCCCACAUAACCCCACCUUCGUUUCCAUGGCCAAACCCUCCAAAAUCCAAGCUUUUUGACCUCGAGUUCCCAUCCCAAACCUUUAUCAACAAGGAUUUUGGCCUUCCCAUUGACAAAUCAGCUAUUUUUGAAAUAGGCGAUAUCGGGAACAGGAUUGGCCAAGUCGGGGCAGAUUUUGGUGCGGGCUUAAAUGGGUUGGUUCAGCAGUUCUUCAGGAGGUUACCAGUCCCGUUUCGUGCUGAGGAUAGUGCAGUUGUGUCAGUUAGAGGUGAUGUGACUGUGAAAGGACAGAAGGCUGUGGUGGGUGGUAAUGAUAUGGAGGGUUUGGUAGGAUUUUCAGAUCGGUCCAAGGAUUUUGGAUUCGUGGAUAAUGAGAGUGGUUCAGAGGAAUUGGGGGAUGAUGAGAUUUCAGGGUUUAAUUUGAAAUCUGCUGGACUACUUGGGAGACCACAACCACAGGGAAUUAUAAAUAUUACCUCAACAUAUGAGAGUAGAACACGAGAUUUAGAAAGUUCUUUGGUUGCAAGUGGAGACCUAUGGAGAGUGGAGGUGUCAAAUGCCAGUUCUACAUCAGGGAAUGACAACUCUUUAUUUCUUAUCCAGCUUGGACCAGUACUCUUUGUACGAGACACGACACUUCUUUUACCAGUUCAUCUAUCAAAGCAACAUUUGCUUUGGUAUGGUUAUGAUAGGAAGAAUGGAAUGCAUUCUCUUUGUCCAGCUGUAUGGUCAAAGCAUAGAAGGUGGCUAUUAAUGUCAAUGCUCUGUCUUAAUCCUUUAGCCUGUUCAUUUGUGGAUUUGCAAUUUCCAAAUGGACAAUUCACAUAUGUAUCUGGUGAGGGGCUCACAACAAGUGCUUUCCUACCUGUUUGUGGGGGCCUUCUUCAGGCUCAGGGCCAAUAUCCAGGGGAAAUGAAAUACAGCUUCUCUUGCAAGAAUAAGUGGGGAACAAGUAUCACACCAAUGGUGCAAUUGCCAGACAAAUCUUUUUCGCUGGGUCUUUCACAAGCCUUGGCUUGGAAGCGGUCUGGGCUAAUGAUGAAGCCAUCCAUUCAAUUUAGCUUGUGUCCAACUUUUGGUGGAAGUAAGCCUGGGUUGAGGGCAGAAGUUAUUCACACGGUGAAGGAGGAUCUUAAUCUGAUUUGUGGUUGUGCUCUGGUGGCACAUCCUUCAGCGUUUGCAUCAAUAUCAGCAACGGAGCAAAGAACGAAUUUCUAGCUACAAUGGAAGAGAGUUAGAGCGUGCUAAAGUGAUGUGAUCAAGCCACCAAUCAACAAUUAAAUUUCUAAGAAUCUGGUUUAGCAGAGAAAGUUGGCUAGUACGGUCUGCAUGCUUGGUUUGUGCGCCGGAACAUAGCCAGGCCAAUCACCGUUGACAGCUGGUAGCAUUUAGAUGAAUUCACCAUCUCCAAGCCCUUGGUUCAGCUUGAAAGCAGACAAUAGAUAUAAAAAAUAUUGCAAGACCAGCUUAGAAGUGUGUGUCGUGCUGCAGUUUAUCCUGACCCUCUUCACUUGUAGUAUUAUUUUCAGAUGAACCAAUCACCACCGUCCAAUAAGAGAUCAAAGCUUUCCCAUUUUUUAGUUAACCAACAAAUUGGACCUAUCCAUGCUUUUUGGCUUCCCAGGGAAAUCAGUUGUAACCUUGCGUCAUUCUCUACUUGUAGAAAUUCAUACUACAGUUGGUCCAUCGUGCCCAAGUCCGUUUAGCUUUUCCAUAAUACAGUUGACCUUUUAAUCCAAGUCUCAUCUUCUCCAAUCAUUGCCAUGGAUGAACAGGAAGUUCACCAAAGUGAUUGCGUUGCCAAGGGUGAUCAAGAGUUGUUUCUGCAUCGCGAUGAAAAUUUCGGAUUUGAUUACCGAAAUCGUGCAAAUUCUCAGGGUUUAUUUGAUUGUUAAAAUGUUGUUUAGUCAAAUUUAUGGUAGAUGGGACUGAUACAGUGUUGAAGGAUGCAGCAAGGAAAAUCAAUCUUGUUGCAAAUGGCCUAAGUGAUAGAAUUGAUAGUUCACAGACUUGUCAGGUUAAUGGGGAAUGCAGUUUCAAAGAUAAACUAGGGAAAGUCAAUUGUAAGGAUGCAUGGAAGCAUGAGUAUAUCAAUGUCACACUUGUGGUAAAUUCUUCUCUAGAGGGCUAUGCUGAAUUCCUCAAGAAUUUUCUUGCUUUUCUUACAGUACUUACGAUGAAAUUUGUCGGGUUUCAGUUUAAUCUUCUAGUUAGUUUUUUCACAUUUCCAAUUUGGUUUUCAUACUUUGCUUUCAUGUCUUUCAUAUUUCCAUUACAAGCUAUAAGACAAAUUAAAGGUUAUUUGAUGAAAAAACUAUUCAGAAUGUGGAAUGAUGCAAGCAAAACUGUUAAAGUGAAAGCAAAUAACUCAAUAGGGAAAUUGGCACUGAGGUUUGGUUUUGCCUUCUUUUGGUCAUUCUAUGUUUGUUUCAUGCUUGUGGG